GGAGAGGCGGGUGGUAGUUUAGCCCUGUAGACAGAGCGAAAGACAGCUAGGGAGGGAGAGCGCAUGGACAGUGUUGCCGUUACUGUCAGCAAUGUAACAAUUCAGUCAUCAAUGGACAGAGUACACGUAGCCUACAGACAGUAGCCUAGCGUCUUCCAAUUUACUUUUAUUUCUGUUAUGAAACGGAGAGGAGUAGAAUUAAAUCCUGCUACUAUACCGAGUUUCGUUUUCAUCGUUUAUAUGACAAAUUGAGAAUGGACACAAUGUUUUAUUAGUGCGUUCUAUUGAUUAUACUCCAAUAGGAUUCCUAUUUGUCGCGUAAGAUUUGUUUGAUCUCAAACCUAAAUGGAGAAUUGGAGGCAGUGCGCAUUAUGGCUGAUCAACUGCAAGGUGCUUCCACCCGACCAUCGGGUAACAUGGGAGUCUGCUCAGGUAUUCGACCUGGCUCAGACCCUCCGAGAUGGAGUGCUCCUGUGUCAACUUCUCAACAACCUCCGACCCCAGUCCAUCAACCUCAAAGAGAUCAACCUCCGACCUCAGAUGUCACAGUUCCUGUGCUUGAGGAACAUCCGGACGUUCCUCGCUGCGUGCUGUGAGACAUUUGGCAUGAAGAAGACUGAACUCUUUGAGGCCUUCGACUUGUUUGAUGUGCGGGACUUUGGAAAGGUUAUGGACACAUUGUCCAAACUGUCCAGCACAACGAUUUCAGAACAAACUGGUAUAAAGCCUUUUCCUUCAGAGGAGAGUCUAGAAGAAGACGAAGACAUCUAUAGCCAUCUGGUGGAUCUGAUUGAUGAGAAAGCUGUGGAGGAUGAAGAGGAUCUGUAUGACUGUGUCUACGAUGAUGAAGAUGGUGGUGAGAUCUACGAAGAUCUGAUGAAGGCUGAGGCUGUUCCUCUUCCUCUGAAGCAGGUAGAGACUGACAUCAGGAGCUUCUGUCUGACAGAGAUCAAGCAGACUGAGGAGAAGUACACAGAGACUCUGGACUCCAUAGAGAAGUAUUUUAUGGCACCUCUUACCACCUUCCUGUCCUCGGAGGAGAUGGAGAAAGUGUUUGUCAACAUUCCGGCUCUGGUUAAAGUUCACAAGACUCUGAAUGUGGCGAUACAAGAAUCUGUCUGCCAUAGAAGUGCCCAGAACCUCUACCAGAUCUUCAUUAACUACAAAGAGAGGUUGCUAAUAUAUGGGAAAUACUGUAGCCAUGUAGAAACGGCCAUCAUUGCUUUGGAUGUCAUCUGCAAAGCCAGGGAAGAUGUCCGAAUGAAGCUGGAGGAAUGUGCAAAGAGAGCCAACCAUGGCAAGUUUACGCUGAGAGAUCUGCUGGUUGUCCCGAUGCAGCGGGUACUAAAGUAUCCCCUUCUUCUACAGGAAUUAGUGAAACACACUCACGACGCGGGUGACAAGAGCAAUUUGCGGAUGGCCCUGGAUGCCAUAAAGGACCUGGCCCAGUACAUCAAUGAAGUGAAGAGAGACAACGAAACCCUAAGAGACAUAGCCCAGUAUCAGAAAUCCAUUGAAAACCUUAAUCAGUCUCUCAGUGUGUAUGGCAGACCGAAAGGAGAUGGAGAGGUACGCUUCGCCUCAGGCGACAAACGUGCCAAACAGGACCGGCACAUCUUCCUGUUCGAUGCUGCUGUGAUCCUCUGUAAGAGGAGAGGAGACAACUACGAGAUGAAGGAGGUGAUCACCCUGUAUCACUUCAAGAUCACUAACAACCCCACGUCAGACAAGGAGACCAGAAAGUGGUCCUAUGGGCUCUACCUAGCACACGACCAGGGGCAGAGCGGCUUCGAGUUCUUCUUCAAGACCAAGGAGCUGAGGAAGAAGUGGCUGGAGCAGUUUGGCAUGGCCAUAUCCAACAUCCGUCCAGAGAACGGCACCAGUAACUCCCACGAGUUCAAGAUGCACACCUUUGACAGAAUCACAUCCUGUUGCUACUGCCACAUGCUGCUAAGGGGCAUCUUUAACCAGGGGUACCUGUGCUCCAAGUGUGGUAUUGGAGCCCAUAAGGAAUGUCUGGGGAGGUUUGGUGACUGUGGAAAAACAGAUCCGGGCGCCUUGAAAACACAGGAAAAACCUGUGCACGGACGGCGCUCAGAUCCAGGUCUACCUAAGAUGUUGGUGACCAGGAGCUAUUUCGGCGUGCCCAGUCCCAUGUGUGGUCCGCCCCUCAACAUUCAGCAAGGUGACAUCAUCGAGCUUGUCUGUGCUGAUCUACACAGCACUUGGUGGCAGGGCAAAAUCGUGAAAACAAGAGAAGUUGGCUUCUUUCCAAGCAGUGCCGUGAAGCCGUGCCCAUGUGUCCCUAAACCUGUCGACUACUCCACACAACCCUGGUUUGCUGGGCCCAUGGAGAGACUGCAGGCUGAGGCAGAGCUGAUUAGCAGAGGCAACAGCACUUACCUGGUCCGCCACCGGAGCCGCGAGGUCACAGAGUACGCCAUCAGCAUCAAGAGCUACACUCUGCUGUUCUACUGAGGCCCAGCCAUCUUCCUUCUACAAGCUACACUCUGCUGUUCUACUGAGGCCCUGCCAUCUUCCUUCUACAAGCUACACUGUUCUACUGAGGCCCUGCCACAUCCUUCUACAAGAUACACUCUGCUGUUCUACUGAGGCCCUGCCAUCUUCCUUCUACAAGCUACACUCUGCUGUUCUACUGAGGCCCUGCCAUCUUCCUUCUACAAGCUACACUGUUCUACUGAGGCCCUGCCACCUUCCUUCUACAAGCUACACUAUUCUGCUGAGGCCCUGCCAUCUUCCUUCUACCAGCUACACUGUUCUACUGAGGCCCUGCCAUCUUCCUUCUACAAGCUACACUGUUCUACUGAGGCCCUGCCACCUUCCUUCUACAAGCUACACUGUUCUACUGAGGCCCUGCCACCUUCCUUCUACAAGCUACACUGUUCUACUGAGGCCCUGCCACAUCCUUCUACAAGCUACACUGGUCUACUGAGGCCCUGCCAUCUUCCUUCUACAAGCUACACUGUUCUACUGAGGCCCUGCC